GAUGUGCACAGUGUAUCAAUGUGUGCAUAUGUGCCUUUUCUGAGGACAAAAGUAUUAACAUUAGAGUUAUAUACAGGUCACUUGUACACAUGAAUGUGUACCGCCAACAAGGCAAGUCUGAUCUGAGCAGAAAAUUGAAAUUGAGGCUUGUAAUGUGAAUAUGGCCUUAAUCUCUGUAAGGCAAGGUAAGUGGAACAGGAAAAUAUAGCUUCCAGGGGCUGAACAGUUUACACCAAGCUCACUCUCUGCUGGUGUUUAGCUCACACAAUGGACGAGUCAGAGAGACAGAUUGGCACCUUUACUUUUUGACCCUGCUUCCUGAAAGUUUUUCACAAGAUGAGAGUGUAAGACAAUAGCAGUGAAUGAACUCAUUUCUGUCUUGCUGCUAUAAAGGCGAUUAUGAAAGAUGAGCUGCCCCAUCUGUUGUUUCUUUCCAGGGGAUGUUUUUUUUUUCAUUCACUUUCAGUUCUGCAAUGUGUGUGACAGCUAAAUGUAAUUGCAGUCACUCAGUUAAGAGCUUUGCCUCUCUACUUUAAAAAUUGCGGGGCAGUGUGCGCCCGUAGUGCUCUUCUGUAAUGUGUGUGCCACAUUGUCUCAUUCUGCAGCUUAAGUCUGCCCUUCAAGGGUUAACCUCGUCAGGCCUCAAAUCCUCUUAGAAAAUGGUCUAAGAUGUAAUACCCAGCAAAGACAGCAUUGUAAGAGAGAUAAGGGCACUGCUGAGACAUACUGUGGAAAUUUUGCAGUGAGGCUUCUUGAACACUUUAUAAUUUUAUUUUAUUUUUGUUUGGUGGCAGAAUUGCACACGAUAAGGCAGACUUUCCAUCUCCAGGAAAGCCAUGCCACUUCAGUCUCAUAUUUUGAGAGAAGUCUGGACUGCUGACAAUCAACAAAAUGGGAAUGACCUUGUUCCAAAGCUUCUAAAGCAGAAGCCAAAGAAAAAGAGACAGGAGGCCAGUGAAGGGCAGAGCAAUGGAGCUGAGGCCAAACCCAAAAAAACCAAAGCUAAGAAGAGUGAUGAGCAGCUCCCAGAAGACCAACAAGGUUCAUCUGUAGAGAAUGUCAAGAAAGUAAAGAAAAAGAAAACUGACAAAGAAAAGGAAGAAACAACAGAGAAAGAACACAAGAAGAAGUUGAAACUGACGUCAAGGAAGAAGAAAGGCAAGUACUGCAUGUGAAAGAAAAACCUUCCUUCAGAGAGUGCAAUGGU